AAGUUAACAGUCAUUGGUGGCAAAUAAAACAUUAUUUUAGCUUGAGGUUGUGUCAUAAAUACAGAGAAUAACUUGAACGAGGAUGAGCAAGCAUGAGUCCAAGACGGAGGCCGAAGAAUCCAAUCGGAUGUGGGCCAGCGCCUCGUUCGUGGGUGUGCUCAUCAUCAUUGGACUGCCUCUGUGGUGGAAGACGACGGAAGUGUACAGGGUCGCGCUGCCAUACGACAAGAUCAGCUCGUUUGAUCAGCUACCGCGCAAGGUCGCCGUCGACCUAAAGAUCCUUGCGUAUGAUGACGUCACCGCUGCGGACCUGGAAGCACUCAUUGAGAAGGCUUUCGAAGACUCCGACAUAAUAAAGCCCAGGAUCCAGAAGGCGGUCCUAUCAGAUGAACUCCAUCAUGCAUUAGAAUACGUAGCAGACGAAUUGGACGCCGUAGAAGAAAUCAAUAGGGCUUACAACCUUACCGAACGUAACUGCUUCUACCUGGUGCAGAGACGGAACUUGUUCCAACAUGUGUGGCUUGGGGAGGAGAGGGUGAUGUUCUUCAGGGAUUCCGAAGCAUCGCGGUUGGUAGUAGAAUCUCUCCUCCGCUGGGUGUACCAGACGUCCGUCCUGUCCGGCGUGCGGUCGGAGACUGUGGACGCGGCCAGAAGCACGCGGUUACCACCCGCUGCCGGGUACCAUGUGGUUCUGUCCGUGGUGCAUCCUACGCCGGAUAAACUCGAAGUGGAGUUUGACGCUAAAGAAGCGGUGGAAGAUUACAUCGGCACGUUUGUGGACGAGCUGAGUUACCUGCACAACUUCACACUGAAGUCGCAGUGGCUCUACCUGCUGGAUUUCAAUUUCCAAGCCAAAGAGGUGAAAGAUAUCAACGAAGACAGAGGGCGCCACUUCUCCGUCCGUCGCGACAGACUGCACCUGCUACUGACUAGUCUAGAAGAACGCGCAGCUACCCACGUAGCCGCGUUGCCUACCAUUAAUCUGGCACUAUAUAUCGUGCCCUGCCAUCUGUCGCCGCUGCAGAUAUACUACGAUGACGAUAAACCAGUACAGGCCACAAUGCAAGCGUUCAUGUCUCCGAAAUGGGGUGGCGUGGUGUUUGCAAGCCCUUCGGCACCAGACUGCGGCCAUCAACACCCAGCGUUCCACCCUCACACCAGGCUGGUGAUGGGCACCUUCCUGGCCCAACUGAGGCCACUGCUGGGCAUCCCUGAAGUAGAUUAUAUACCCGAUGCAUUUCUGGUGCCGUUACGAUCUGUGGCAGCGCGCAAAUGGGAAGUGGACAGUUUAGUGCGUCUGCGCACUUUGGAACAAAUCACUUCGGCACAGAGGACACUGCAAUCACUGGCGCAGUUACUAGGUGAAAUAUCCAACAUCGUAAUAACCGACGAAGUGGGGGCCUCCAUCAACUCUGCAGUCGAAAGCAUUCAGGAAGCGAGCCACUUGCUAGCGGAGGGAGACAUUAUGAAUGCUUACGAUACUUCUAAACGGGCGUACUUGGCUGCGGAGACUGCGUUCAUGGACCCCAGUCUACUGGCACUCUUGUACUUUCCUGAUGAUCAGAAAUACGCUAUAUACAUCCCACUGUUCCUGCCAAUUAUGUUCCCAGUGGUGCUGUCACUCAAGAACUUGCUGCUAUGGUUCCGCGGCAAGCCAGUGCACAAAGAUAAAAUUGAAUAG